CCACACUGACCGCGCCGGCAGAGGGCAAGGCGCCCGACGGCAGCGCCACGCGCCGGCAGGGCGCAGCUGGGGGGGAGGCACAGGGGCAUUCGGGAUCGAGACGGGCAUUAAAGAAGACGUGAGAAAUCCUUCCUUGUUGUUACGUGUUCUUCCGGGGUGGACCGCACGGACGAGAACCCGGGGGCUUCCAGGCUGUGGGCAGGGAAACCCACAUUGGCGCCCAACGUGGGGCCUCGUUCGUGUGGCCGACUCCGGAAGGUAAGUGGAGUUUUUUCCACUGUUUGUCUCGGGUUCGCAUGUGUUCGCGUUCACGCAGCGGAGGAGGCGAUUUGAAUUUUCGGCGCAUAGGCCGGUGACAAUUCCGUCCACACGGUGCGAGCAAGGGUACAGGCAGCUCAUAACUGUUGGUUAAAGAAACAAACCAAACGUCGUUCUAUUUUGGUCACGGUUAUCGUUGAGCGGCGCCACGCCCCUGAAUGGUGCUCGCGUUCCGCGUGAGCGUUUCGACCCGCGUUAUCGAUUUGUUGUUGAACUGAUAUUGUAAUUUUGGAAGAGUGAUUGCGCGGUUUACAUACAACGCCGCUAUCUGAGAACAGGCCUCCUUUCUGUUGAACGUUUGCUUCCUCCUUUUUUUUUUUUUUGACCUUUCAUCGAUUUUAUGUGGAGCACCUGUGCCCACAUAAAAGUGUCGCGCUUUAGGCAGAAAGAGACCUCCAUAGCACCGAUUGGAAGACUUUCAGGGUUGGGGGGAACUCACGAUGAACGUAGUUAGGACACCACCGCGGCAGGUUUCCACGGAGGACCUUAGCAAAACUAAGGGCGACGACGAGGAUGAUAUUCCCCUCGGCGAGCUCGCGAAGCGACUAAACCCCGAAAGCACUACCGAACAUGACACACGGAUUUUGCAACCAGCGACCACAGAAUCGGCGGGCACGGUGCAACGGGACACUGUCGACGAGUUGAGAUCGGCCAUGACCCUCCUGCUUCAGUGUCAACGGGACCAGAUGAUGCAACUAAGCCGCCCCUCGGUAACAGUCACCCCGCCUCCUAAAGACCAUCUGCGGCUCCCGCUUACUAUUCCAAAGUAUGCGGGCUACGCGGAUAGGAAGUCGGUGACAACGUUCAUCUCUGAGCUGCAAAACUACAAAGCAGCGUCGGGGAUAGAAGACGAGGUAGUGCUAGACCGUCUCCUCCCGGUUGCACUAACGGACAGUGCAGCACUGUGGAGGCAAAGACAAACCAAAUUCACGAGCAUGGCAGAUUUUGAGGCGCGAUUUAGGGCGGAGUUCCUGCCUCCGGAUUACAACAUGCGAAUCAGGGACGAGCUGCGCGCGCGCACACAGCACCCGGACGAGUCACUCAUUGAGUUUGUAAGGGCUCUCCAGGGCCUGUAUGACAUCGCCGACGCCGCGGCACCAGACGCGGAGAAAGUAGAACGCGCCAUCCGCCAAAGCCACCCGCGUUUCCAUCCCCAUCUCAGGGGACGCACAUUUCAGAACUUAGACGAGAUGGCACGAGCAGCGAUCACCAUCCAGGCCGAUAUCCUCGCGGAACUUAGAUACCGCCCCCCUCCUCCACAGAACAUGACCCUGGAACCAUCAUUUGCGUGGUCUGGGAACGCACGGGUACAUAGAGUCGGGGGAGAACCAGACUAUUCCAACCAAGCGUCUGUCCCCCGAGCCCUAGAUCCUCAUGCAUAUGAAUCACGAAGGCGCAGCGGGUUUCAGGGCAUACGUUCACAACGCCACAACCCAUCCAUUGGUCAAGAUGAGGUCUUGGCCUCUGGACCGGUAACGCGGAGCGGGGGAGGGGCAAGUACGACCGAGACACCGCACGAAGCCGACGGGCGGGCCACGAGUCGUUGUUUUCGAUGCGGCCGGCCAGGACACAUACGCCGGGAAUGUAGCGAACAGCGGCGGCAGCCUCAGACACAGGGAAACGGCUACGGCCGGCGGUGGUAA